GAUAAUAAUAAAUAUUGAUCGAUCAUAUCCACAAUGAUCAGUCCCUUAAAACGGCGCCAUGAUUGACAAACUUUACAAAAUUCAUUGAUUAUCACAAGUUUAGUUUUUAUGAGAGUUUGACAUCAUUGGUCAAAGUGUUGUUUUGCAGAAUACUAUCGGACUAUAUAUUCUGUUGAUAUGGCUAAGGAAUCUGAAUGGAGAAGAAGCUGGAGCCCUACAAUCGACGCUCAAAGUUGGAAACAUUUUAAAGUUGCUCCUGAAAAUGAAACUGAAAGUGAAACACCAAACUACAUUUUUAAAACAAAGUUCUCUGAUAACUCAUAUGAAAUCAUGGUUUCAGACUUUAAGAAUAUUUGGCACAAUAAAGAGGAUGGUGAAAAUAUCGACAGAAUUUGUAAGAAAUUGAAUCCAAGUGUUGAAGCUUCAACAAAAAGACUCGUAGAACAAAUCAGGUCAUCUCUGGCAGAGAAAAUAGAUUCAAGUACAUUUGCAGUGUCUGUCCAAGGUGAUGUUUUACAGUGGGUGGUCAAUAGCCAACUUGCAGAACUACCAUUCAAAUGGCAAUUUGAAUGUACACUGAAUAAUCAUUUGUUGUCCAGUCAGUUGACAAUGCCUCUUGUAGCAAUGGUUGGUGAGUUAACAAGGAGACAACAAGAACUAACCAGUCUACUGAAGAAUAAAGAUAAAGAAAUAGAUGAUUACAAAUCUCAGGGAGUGAAAACAUCAAGAAAACACCUGAUGACAACCAAAUUUGAUGAGCUUACAUUUAACAAAAAUAUGGCCACCUCGAAGGGAUUUGAAGGAGUUGUGAGGCAGCCUGUUGUAAGUGGUUUCUCUGCUGGAGGACAGAAUAUGUACUCAGAUGUUAUGACCAAAAUGGCCUGGAUCAACAGGCCAAUAGAAGAGGCACAAGCAGAUGGCUCGAGUCUUGCAGCAGAAGGUGCUUCUCUAAUCAGUGAAAUCCCAGGGGGUCAAACCUGGGAGAACAGGGUACCAGAGUCUCUGGGUAAGGGACUUUCACCAACUGUAUCUCCUGCAAGACCGGGUGCAAAACGGACCCCUGACCAGUCUCCUGGCAAUAAGAGAGCCAGGCUCUCCAGUCCUGAACAGUCACCUGUCAAGGAUGCUGAACUGAUUAGGCGUGAAGCACUGGAGAAGAAGCUUGCAGAGGAGGAAAUCAAACUGGAACAAAAAGCAAAGAAAAAGAAAAAGAAAGGACUUUUUUGAGGUGACAUUUUAGAUAAGGAUACUAAUCAAUGUUUAGAUACGAUGCAUGGACUAGCAAUAAUUCUAAGCAUAAUAUAGUUGAUACACUUGCCUAACCAAACAUUCUGUGACAUUUAAAUACUACUCAUAUUGGAGGACUUUGGAAUAUAAAUCAAUAAUUGGAUGAAAUUUAAUUAUAUCAAAUUCACCCCCCAAUUAGAAUGACUUCAAGUUUGGAAUAAAUGAUGUGAAGGAACUGAACUGUAAACAAUGUGUACUGAAUUUUAUUACAAAUCAGCUGAUAUUGUGACUAAAAUGUUGAUAUAUUUGACAAAUGUUUAGAAUGUGACAAUCAUUCAGGUAAACAUAAAAGUGAUACAUUUAUAGAUGUCACUAAUAUCACACAACAAUGUUAUCUCCACAAACGAGUGGCCGUUUGCCAUCUACAUGGAUUUCCACUAUUGUCUCUGCAUUCUUGAAUAUUAAAUAAUAGCCAUUAAAUCUUUCUGAAUUGAAUUGUCUGUCAAAAUAUUAUUUAACAUAUUAAUUGGAUCUGGAUUCAC